ACGUAAAAUAGAUUAAAAUUAAGCAACGUAGCUUAUAGAUAAUUUUAAAUUCAUAUUGAUCUAUUGUUCUUUAUAAACUAAAAAUCGCAAGAUAAUUAUAUUCAUUAUUCAUCAUCAAUUCGAUUUGGUGACACUUACUAAUAUUAUUACCUAUGCGUUUUAGUUAGUUGAUUUUAUUUUUCGUUUAAUGUUUUAUGUAUUAAAAUAAUUGAUGCCGUUUAACUAUCACUGAAUAAACUCCAAACCAUUAACUAAUCAUGGGCUGUGCCUGUGAAAAACAACAUGUCACAAUACAGGAUAACAAGUAUUAUGUGCUUGAUCAAAUUGGACAAGGUGGCUUUAGUUCAGUAUUCCUUGUAAAAAAUAUUGAUAAUAUAAAAUUUGUAUUGAAAUGUAUUUUAUGCCAUGAUCAAAAAGACCGUGAGAAUGCUUGGAAUGAAGCCAAGAUCCAUCAACUUUUACAAAGCAGUGGAAACAAAUAUAUCCUUAAUUUAAUUGGAUGUGAAAUGAUUGAAAAAUCGUUAGAAUUUUCAAAAACCCCAACGGAUACAUUUCUUAUGUUAUUACCUUAUUACAAAAAUGGAUCAUUACAUGACAAUUUAGUUAAACCUCAUUAUCAUAUGGAUUUGAAAUAUAUAUUAAAACAUUUUCGAUUGAUUUGUUUGAGUGUGAAAACAUUUCAUGAUCUAUCUUAUUCGCAUAGAGAUAUAAAACCUGCAAAUAUAUUAUUUAAUGAUAAUAAUGAACCAGUAAUAAUUGACUUAGGAUCUGCUGCUCCUGCCAGAAUAACAGUGACUUCAAAAAAAGAAGCACAAGAACUUUUGGAUGAAGUUAAUGAAAGAUGUUCAAUGACAUAUAGAGCUCCAGAAUUGUUUAAUAUAGAUAUUAAUUCUGUUAUUGAUGAACGUAUUGAUGUCUGGUCCUUAGGAUGUUUACUGUAUGCAAUGCUUUAUAAAAAAUCACCUUUUGACUUGGUUUAUGAACGAGGAGAUUCUGUUGCUUUGGCUGUGAUUAGUGGAAAAAUAUAUUUUCCUCCAAAUUCUAACGAAAAUGUCAACAAUUUGAUAAAAACAAUACUAACAGUAGAUCAUUUCAAAAGGCCAUUUAUAGAUGAUAUAUUAAAAUCAGUUAAAAUUAUUGAUGAAAUAUUUGAUCAGGAUUUUAAUGAUCAUACAAUUUUAAACUCAAAUAAUUAUUGUACUGCUUAGAAAUUAUAAUUAAAACUUAGAAUAAACAAUAUGAGCAAAAUUUGAAAAGGGCUUGGGGGGCUAAGCCUCCUCAAAAUCAAUCAUAGCCCCCCCCCCCCAAAUGGUUUGUAUAUAUCCCCUUCCACCUUUAUAUAUUUCAGAGAGCAUACACAGUACAUACAUGCAAAUUAUAAUAGCCCCCCCUCCAAAUUAAAACUCAAAUUGCACCUAUGAUUAACAUCAUAAUAAAAUCAAUUGUCUAUACCUACUGGGGUCCUAGUGUAAUUUAUUAGUGAUAUCACUUAUAUUUUUACAAAUAUAUUAAAUCAAAGUUGUUUUUAUUUUAUUA